AUGGCAUUGCAAGCAGCCUCUCGUAUGGCCUUAAAUGGUCCUGGCAUGGUCAACAGAGGCAUGCCAUCCGCCACCUUGGCCAUACGACACCUCUCGAAAUCAAAGACUUCAAGACUGUCUGCCCUUCAAAGUAGACAACUACACCUUACUCCAAGAGCCUCCGCUCCAAGCUCAGGUCUGUUGGGGAUAGGUGGUAGCUCAAAUGGACCGACUACAUAUUUCCAACGGCCCUCCCUUCCUGCCAAUACCAUUAUUCGAUUCGUGCCCCAGCAGACAGCAUGGAUUGUGGAACGUAUGGGAAAGUUCAACAGGAUUCUUGCGCCUGGUUUAGCUAUUCUGGUACCCUUUCUCGAUCGGAUAGCAUAUGUGAAGAGCUUGAAGGAGGCUGCGAUUGAGAUUCCAAGCCAGAGCGCUAUUACAGCAGACAAUGUUACUCUAGACCUGGAUGGAGUUCUAUAUACCAGAGUAUUCGACGCAUAUAAAGCUAGUUACGGAGUCGAAGAUGCCGAAUACGCCAUCUCGCAACUGGCCCAAACAACCAUGCGUUCAGAAAUCGGUCAGCUAACACUCGAUCACGUCCUCAAAGAGCGCGCAUCCCUCAACACAAAUAUUACGAACGUACUCAACGAAGCCGCCAAAGACUGGGGUGUCACCUGUCUACGAUACGAGAUUAGAGACAUUCAUCCUCCGGAAGGCGUGGUAGACGCUAUGCACAGACAAGUGACCGCGGAACGAAGCAAACGAGCCGAAAUCUUGGACUCCGAGGGUCAGAGACAGAGCGCUAUCAAUAUUGCAGAGGGGCGAAAGCAGAGCGUUAUUCUUGCUUCUGAGGCGCUGAAGAGCGAGCAGAUUAACAUGGCGACUGGUGAGGCGGAGGCUAUUCUGUUAAAGGCCAAGGCUACUGCUGGUGGUAUUGAUGCUGUGGCUAAGAGUAUUGCUACGGGACAAGAGUCUGCUCAGGGUGCUGUCAGUCUCAGCGUCGCAGAGAAAUAUGUGGAUGCAUUCGGCAAUCUUGCUAAGGAGGGCACGGCUGUGGUUGUGCCUGGCAAUGUGGGGGAUAUCGGAAGCAUGAUUGCUAGUGCUAUGGCCGUUUAUGGCAAAGUAGGAGAUGCGCAGGCAAAGACCAUGGCUGCGAAGGCACUGGAGCACCAGUCUUCGGAAGAAGUCGAGAAACCAGCAAGGGAGUCCCCGAACGAUGAGAUGAAGCGGAGCAUGUUGAGCUCGUUCGAGGCUACGAGACAGAAGAAGUGA